AGUGCAAAAACAUUAACUUGUUUCCAGGUUUUAGGACUCAUUCCUGCAGGCCUCAGUUGAGAAAUGUUGAUGAAUCAUGUCAGAAUAACAGAAGUGAUCUAUGUGUUUCAAUAGGAUCAUAUUUUACAUAUACUAAUUAGGCAUUUCUUUGAAUGUUUCUGUGCCUUCAGGUAAUGGUGUGUCUUCUUGGCAGGAUACUCUCAAAUUGUAAAGUUUUACUCACUAAUAUGCUCCAUAAAUACUGUACAGUCCCUUGUAGGGAAAGAACGUGAUUUUACAUAAAAUAUGAAGAUACAUCUAUUGAUAACUUUGACGAUGUCAAUAAAUGUAAAGUAUGCUGUUUCAAUCAUCUUUCUUUGCUGGUUAAUACCAAGUUCUGCCACUAGAUGACAGCAUUCUCCAGAGUGACAACAGCGCUGCAAUCCCAGGCAGGUUUUCACUGAGAGAACAGUCAAUUACCACGUCAUUUAACAGCCUGUCACCUCUAAUGAUAUUUUAUAUCAAUUUAAUUAUGCAGGUGCUUCACAUGAAAAGAGCCUGCCUUGCAUAAUUGACUCACAGCUAAUUUUUCAGGUGAGAUUGAUCACGUUUCCACGGCCAAUGUGCCGUGUAAAAUGAGGUCUAUUGUUUCACACAACACAGACAAGCUGAGUCCAAAUAUACUGACCUGUAACAGCCAAUAGAUGUUUUGACUGCUUGAAGAAAUCAAUCUUGAAUGCGUUUGUCUGACAAAAAGCCAUGUAUCACUUAAAUUACUUAAUAUUUAUUAACAGGGAUGGAAGCUGUCAGAUUCUUAGCAGCUGCAAUGAUAGAGACACUAUAAAUCCUAAAUAUUUACACCAUCAGAUUCCCAUUAAGUUAUCCGUUAUAUUUUUUUACACCCUUGUCAUACAAGAUUAUGUCAUUUUUCAUUACAUUGAUCAUACUUAAUUUAAAUAGGAAAUAACAGAUCUCUUUGUCUUUGAUGUCCCAGAAAUUACAGGGAGGAGAGCAGAAAACAAUAAAUUGGUUUAUAAAAGAAAAUUGGACAAAUAUUUAAAAUAAAAAAUAAAUUAUGUUGACAAAGUAACUGAUAAUUUGUGCCAUUUUCAUUUUAUUUCCCACUUGAAAUAAAACUAAAUGUUGUCAAACCUAAUUCUGAUUGGCCAUAGGAUUUUAUUUAUUAAUUUAUGAGAAAUAUUCACUGUCACCUGUUGACACAGGUUUAAGAUUUAAAGAAGAAUAAUUUAGGCAUAAAUCCUCACUGAUUAAACAAAUAAUCUUACACAAGUAGAAUCUCUUUAUGUGAUGUAAUUAAAAACAUGAACACAACUGGUUCACAAAAAAGACAGACAGAGAGCAAAAUGUGACUAACAAGAUCAGCAACAUGUGUUACCCAGACAUUUUAAAAAUCAUUCAAAUUAAAAAAUUGGCCUGCGUUUGCAUCAUUGAUCGAGCAUUCGUCUCCCCCUCUCUGAUCCACUCUGACUUGUUCCGUCUAUUGUUCAAGCCCCUUUUUAAUGAACAUAAUCUGAUGAAAACACAGCUAUCUGCUUUUCACUUUGCACUGGCAAACGCAGCUCAACUGGCCUCUUUCUCCACCCCCAUCUUUAACACAGCUAUGAGACCUCUAAUUAUGCAGGGAUUCAAGUAGCUUUUCACAAAACACAGUGUUGUCCUUUAGAGCUGGAGAGUGCUCUGUGAGCUAAAAGGACAGGCUGCAUGUUUGCAGGUUGAGCAAAUCCAAUUGGUCUGAUUAGUCCUCUGCAUGUGCUUCAAGUUUUGGUGUAAAUGAUGAAUCUUAAAUGCAUUUUUGGACAUAUAUUUUAAUAAGUGUGGGACAAAUGUUACCUCAAAGAUAAAGAGUAACAGGCAUACAUUUUUGUAUGUGUUUGCUUUAGGAUUACACAUACAAAUUCUGAAAAACAGACCAUUGAUUUGAUUAAAAAAAUCCUGAAUAUAUCAUCAUCCUUACAUUUUAGACACUCAUAAUAACCUUAAUCUUACAGUAAAAGCAGUUUGAGGGCUCACAAAUUUAAACUCAGUCUCCCUAUUGUUCAUGUGUUUUUAUCUUCUGCCAAUUAUCAUCUAAUCUGACCACACUUGAUCACAUGAAUGUCUUAUUACACAAACAAAUAUAAUUUGUUGCACCCAAGCAGCAGUGAUAAUAUAAUAUGUGACUGAAACAAUACUUGUGUCAUCCUCAUGCAUUGCAUCACCUGCUGCCCCUGUGGCUUAUUGUAAAGGUCUUUAUCACAGUGGUAAGCAUUCAAUUUGAGGUCUGCCUGAAGCACUUCCUGACUAAUAAAAUUACAGUGAAGUCAAUGAGCUCUGGUGCAGGAGAAAUGCAGGUAUUGCUUUCCAGCAGGUAGAACAGAGGCUAUUUAAAAUAACAGCAGGUCACAGAGUUCAACAACAGCUUUGACACAUGCAAAGUCAUCUAUGAUCUUGUUUAAUAUUCUUUCUUGUGCUGUAAGUAAUAAAUAUUAUACAUUAAAAGUCGAAAUCUCCUAUUUUCUAUUAGAGUUUGUUAUGUUUUGGGUGGCUUACAUUAGUGCGUAAUAUAUGCGUAAUUUGCGUAAUUUCUGUGCCAAGGCCAAGCUGCUUACAGCUCGACGUUAAAAGGGUGAUAAUCUCUGCAUCGUUUAUUUAAUUUACUGACAGGUGAUUGCGGCUCGUGCACGCCCCCCAAAACCCUGAGACAUUCUCCUCUUUAAUCUAAUUGGAUGAUAAGUGGGUGCGUACUGUUGAGCCCGAAGCCAAAACGCUUGCGCGGCCUUUUUUUCCUCUAUUCUCGUCACAGCUCCUCGCGGUUUCAUCUCAAAUCCCAUUUGCUCUUGUACCUGCCCAAUAGCAGAGACCGAGCGCGUUUUAACUCGGAUGGCAUAUUUUUUAUUUCAUCAUUACAAUCCGGCGCGAGUUUGACGCAGUGAUCUCUGAGCUCUCACUCUGCUUAUUCUCAGGACAGGAGCUGAUCUUUCUCUCUCUCUCUCGCAUAGUUUUAACUAUAAAAUCUUCUUUUUCAGGUGCUUUUUUUUUUCUCUCUGAUAAGUUUUGAUGGUGAUCCACAUCGGACAGUAAAGCGGUGAUGGCAGACUCUGACGCGCAGGAGACUCGCCAACCUGCAAAAGACUCGCCUUUCUCCAUCAAGAACCUGCUCAACAUUGAAGACAAACCCACAAAGCCGAAAAGCUUCCUCGGCUCUUCCAAAGGAGUGUUUGAAGGCAGUUUCUUCUCUCGGCUGGGUGACCUGUCUUUCCCUCGGUUUGAGCUGCCCACACAGAGAAUUGGACUAUCAGCGCAGUAUUUGGAGAGAGCGUCCACCUGGUGGUACCCAUACACACUCGGGACACAUCUGAGGACUGGAGGGUCUGAGAAGGCCAGUCUGAGGGAAGCAUCACCGGCACCGGACAGGCGCUCCCCGGAUCUCCAAAAAAGUGACCAAGAUGCCAAAGAUGAGAGCGCAGACGACGAUAUCGCGCUGGAUGAAAGUGACUCGGAGGAGCAAAAGAAAGAAAUAGACCAGGAGGACGACUGGAGGAGGAAAACAGACGAGCUGGACUCCGACAGGAAGCCCUGUCGGAAGAAGAAGACGCGCACGGUGUUUUCCAGGAGUCAGGUCUUCCAGCUGGAGUCCACCUUCGACAUAAAGCGCUACCUGAGCAGCUCGGAGAGGGCAGGCCUGGCCGCGUCCCUGCACCUGACAGAGACGCAGGUGAAAAUCUGGUUUCAGAACCGGAGGAAUAAGUGGAAAAGGCAACUGGCUGCGGAGCUGGAGGCGGCCAACCUGAGCCACGCGGCGGCGCAGAGGAUUGUGCGGGUUCCCAUACUUUACCAUGAGAACGGAGCCCCAGAACCGAACGGGGGCCCCGCUGCAAACUCACCGAGCAGCCAGUCUCUCCUGGCGUUUCAACACCACAUGUACUAUUCCCACCCAGUCCCACUGCUGAGGCCUGUUUAACACUGACUGUGUACAUAUGUUUUUAAAUGAGAGUGAUCUUCAUUGGAAAAAAUAACAUUUUGUAUAUUUUGUAGAUUCAACAGACACAAUGUAAGGUCAUGUUAUUAUUAUUAUUAUUAUUAUUAUUAUUAUUAUUGUUGUUAUUAUUAUUAUUAUUAUUAUUAUUAUAUCCUUUAUCCUGCUGAAGCGUCCUUAAGCACGUCCCUAUUACGGCACAAGAGGGACAAUCGAAAAUUAUUAUUAUUAUUAUUAUUAUUAUUAUUAUUAUUAUUAUUAUUAUUAUUAUCAUCAUCAUUAUAAAUCUUGGUAAAAAUUGUUACUAAGCCUUAAAAGUGGGUGAAUAUAUUUUAAGGUAUUUAAUUUGAAAAAAAGAAGAAGAAGAAAGAACUUGUUUUGAACAGGGUUGACUGUCCAUAUGUAUUUUACAGAGAUUUGUGUCAGUGUUUGUAGAAAAAAAACAUGGGAAAUUUAAUAUUUUAAUAUUUUCCAAUCUUGUGCAAUAAUGUUGGCUUCACAUUAGGGCUACCAGCCAUUGUCACCUAUAGUUCACUUUUACAUAAGAAGAAAAAAUCUCUUUGUAAUAGUGAAGACAAUCAUGUGAUCCUUAAAAAAAUCCCCGAAAAGCUGCAGGUGAUAUCAUUUGUUUUUAUGACGCAAUGUCUUGCCGGUAAUUUCAAAGCCAUGCAAAGAGCCAAAAAUAGCCUCUGUUUUGUGUAUGUUUUUCUCUGAUAUUGUUAUUAAAUUCUGUACAUUAUAUGGUCUUACACUCAGUAAAGAUUUCGUUGCAAAAAAAUGCAUCUGUUUUUAA